AUGACGUUGGAGCGUUUGACCGAACUGUACCACUCAUCUAAUGCUAUUGGGCCUAUCCUGAAUGUUCACGAGGAAAGUGCACAGUGUUACAAUGAGAGUAUUUACACUGUUAUGCCCUACUGGGGAAACUAUUAUGCGUUUAUAAACUCCCGCUACAAGGAAGCGUACCAAAUCCGUUCGGGGAACGGGUGGCGGCUUGAUGUGCAUGACUUAACCCUGAGUCCCUCAGGGACGGCACUUCUAGUUAUCAAUGGUGUCUUCGUGGUGAACCAAACGACGUUCGAGGCACCACCGGAAGUCGAAUUCAUUCCGGAUGCAGGGUUCCAGGAUAUUGAAGUCCAGACAGGAGAGGUGCUAUUCGAGUGGCGGGCUUCGGACCAUUAUAGCUUUGAGGAGUACUAUCAUUUCCAGCCCCCUGGUGCCGGGCGAUGCAUCGAGAAAGACGAUCUCGGCAAUUAUCUCAUUUCCUGUCGAAUGAUGAGCUCCAUUGCCUACAUAGACGGUCAAACAGGCGCUGCGAUCUGGAAGCUAGGAGGGAAAGCAAAUAUGUUCAAAGACCUAUCCGGUGGCGCUGCAACAGACUUCAAUGGUCAGUACCAUGCCCGCUUCCACGAAAAUGGCCUGAUUGUUUCCAUUUUCGACAACGGGAACUGUCCUGGCCGUCCUGUGACAGGUCCAACCCGGGGUUUGACGCUGGUCCUGGACACAGAGAAGAUUCCUGUGCAGUUGCAGCAUGAAUACAUCGGCCCUAGACAAGGUAUUAUACAACAAGGUCUUUAA